AUGGCAGGUGAGGCUCGGCCGGGCGGAGACGCAGCGCUGCGUCGUCUCCUCAGGUUGCAUCGAACCGAGAUCGCUGUGGCGGUGGACAGCGCCUUCCCGCUACUGCACGCUCUGGCCGACCAUGACGUGGUCCCCGAAGACAAGUUCCAGGAGACGAUGAGUCUGAAGGACAAGGAGGGCUGUCCCCAGGCCUUCCACGCCCUCCUCUCCUGGCUCCUGACUCAGGACACCUCAACCAUCCUGGACUUCUGGAGGGUUCUAUUCAAGGACUACAACCUCGAGAGAUACACCCGGCUUCAGCCCAUCCUAGACAGCUUCCCUAAAGAUGUGGAUCUCAGCCAGCCCCGGAAGGGAAGGAAGCCUCCUACUGGGCCCAAAAUCUCCAUGCUGCCACCCAGACCCCCUGCCAAGAGGAAGGCCCAGGAGGAGCCUCGAGUUGUCCCAACCACUGCCCUGCCCCCGAGGGGCAGCUCCAGCCCAGGUUCCCAAUAUAAGGCCAAGUCCUCCAAGAAGUUGGAGAACAGUGCUGAGCCACAGCGAGUCCCAGUGGGGAGUGGGAUCCAGAGCAUGUCAGCAUCGGUCCAGCGAGCUGUAGCCAUGUCCUCCGGGGAUGUCCCAGGAGCCCGCGGGGCCGUGGAGGGAAUCCUCAUCCAGCAAGUGUUUGAGUCAGGUGGCUCCAAGAAGUGUAUCCAGGUGGGAGGUGAGUUUUACACUCCCAACAAGUUUGAAGACCCUGGCAGCAGUGGUGGGAAGAACAAAACCCGUAGUGGUGGCAGCCUGAAGCCUUUGGUCCGAGCCAAGGGAGUCCAGGUCAUUGCCCCCGGUGGAGGUGACCCAAGGCUAGGCCAUCAGGGCCGAGUUCCCACCCCCGCUGCUGUCCCCAGUGAGCCCCAGCUCCACCAGAAGAAUGAGGACGAGUGUGCCGUGUGCCGGGACGGUGGUGUGCUGAUCUGCUGUGACGGCUGCCCCCGGGCCUUCCACCUGGCCUGCCUCUCCCCACCACUCCGGGAGAUCCCCAGUGGGACCUGGAGGUGUUCCAGUUGCCUCCAGGGAAGAGCCCUACAGGACGCGCCCCGUGUGGAGGAGCCCGGACCCCAGGAGACGCUAGUGGAAAGCCCGGUCCUUUUGGGACUGAGGCCUGUGGGUGAGGAGGUAAGGGGCCUGCCCAAGGGUCCUCCAGCUGGAAUGGAUGCUGCCAUCACUUAUAAACACCAGAUGCCCCCAUCCUCCACACCCCCCUUGCCAAUACUGGACGCCUCAGCCCUGCGCCCCCUGCUGUGUGCAAACACUGAUGGACAGCAGGGCGCACGGUGUGGUGUGUGUGGGGACGGCGCAGACGCCCUCAGGUGCGCGCACUGUGCCGCCGCCUUCCACCUGCGCUGCCACUUUCCCACGGGCGCAGCCCGGCCGGGAGCUGUUCUGCGCUGCAAAUCGUGCUCUGGAGAUCUGGCUCUAGCCCAGGGCCAGGGGGAGGGGGCGCCUGCCCCAAGCCCUGCCCGCCAGGCAGCAGGGCCAGCCAAGGCAGGGGACAAUUCUACUGGUCAUGAGCCUGGGCUACACAAAGAUGACCUGGAGUCACUCCUGAAUGAGCACUCCUUCGACGGCAUCCUGCAGUGGGCCAUCCAAAGCAUGUCCCGUCCACUGGCCGAGGCGGCCAAUUUUCCAUCCUAA